AUGAUAUUGGUGACAAAGAUAAAGCAUUAAGUGACUAUAAUCAAGCAAUCCAACUUGAUCCUAAAUAUGUUAGAGCCUUAUUUAACAGAGGUGAAUACUAUAACACUUAAUAUAUUAGCCAUAUUAUAUAAUGAUAUUGGUGAUAAAGAUAAAGCAUUAAGUGACUAUAAUCAAGCAAUCCAACUUGAUCCUAAAUUAGUUAGAGCCUUAAUUAACAGAGGUGAAUACUAUAACACUUAAUAUAUUAGCCAUAUUGUAUUAAGCAAUUGGUGA